UACUUGAUUGAGGAGGGAGGAAGAAAAAGAGAGAGUGGUGACCUGUUGUGCGUAUCUAAAAGCGAGUGUUAGAGAGGGAGAGGAGGACGCAUAAGCAAGCUGGUUUGACCAGAAACAGAACUGCCUGUGACAGAUUAAGAGACAAGCAAGGCUUGGAAUCGGAGAGCCAGCAAAGAGAGUGGAAAUUUACAGCUGCUCUGUGUGUUCAAGUGAUCAUUUUCUGCUAAGGUUUUCCGGUGGUAACUGUUACUCUUCAAAAAGAGAGACAGAAAGUCAAGACGGAAUGUGGAAACUUUUCUCUGCCACACUUUGGUAAUAGGUAACCUUUAUUAAGUGGAACAUAAAGGCUACUUCACCUAAGGUGCUUUGAGCCCUAGAAAGAGCUGUCUUCAGCACCUCACCAUGUGUCUACCUUUUGUUGCUUAGAGGAACCUGGCAUUUCUUUAACAUUUGCAUUCCCUAUCAGAAGAAGAGAUUUCUAUAAUGAAAAAAAUGCCUUUGUUUAGUAAAUCACACAAAAAUCCAGCAGAAAUUGUUAAAAUCCUGAAAGACAACAUGGCCAUUUUGGAAAAGCAAGACAAGAAGACGGACAAGGCUUCAGAAGAAGUGUCGAAAGCACUGCAGGCAAUGAAAGAAAUUCUGUGUGGUACGAGUGACAAAGAGCCCCCUACAGAAGCGGUAGCUCAGCUAGCACAAGAACUCUACAAUAGCGGGCUGCUGGUGACACUGAUCGCUGACCUACAGCUGAUAGACUUUGAGGGAAAAAAAGACGUGACCCAGAUUUUUAACAACAUCCUGAGAAGGCAGAUAGGCACUCGGAGUCCCACUGUGGAGUACAUCAGUGCCCAUCCUCAUAUCCUGUUUAUGCUCCUCAAAGGAUAUGAAGCCCCGCAGAUUGCCUUACGUUGUGGGAUUAUGCUGAGAGAAUGUAUCCGACAUGAACCACUUGCCAAAAUCAUCCUCUUUUCUAAUCAAUUCCGAGAUUUCUUUAAGUAUGUGGAGUUGUCAACAUUUGAUAUUGCUUCAGAUGCCUUUGCUACUUUUAAGGAUUUACUAACCAGACAUAAAGUGUUGGUAGCAGACUUCUUAGAACAAAAUUAUGACACUAUUUUUGAAGACUAUGAGAAAUUGCUUCAGUCUGAGAAUUAUGUGACUAAGAGACAAUCUUUAAAGCUGCUAGGUGAGCUGAUCCUGGACCGCCACAACUUCACCAUUAUGACAAAAUAUAUCAGCAAGCCAGAGAACCUGAAACUGAUGAUGAACCUCCUUAGAGAUAAAAGUCCCAACAUCCAGUUUGAAGCCUUCCAUGUUUUUAAGGUAUUUGUGGCCAGUCCUCACAAAACACAGCCUAUUGUGGAGAUUCUACUGAAAAAUCAACCCAAGCUCAUUGAGUUUCUGAGCAGCUUCCAGAAAGACAGGACGGAUGAUGAGCAGUUCACUGAUGAGAAAAACUACUUGAUUAAACAGAUUCGGGACUUGAAGAAAACAGCCCCUUGAAGAUCUCGCCAUCCCCUGCCACAGUCAUUUGUCUUAUUUGUCCAGUUUGUUCAUUAAGUGUCAUUUCAAAAAGUCAUCAUCCUUGGGAAGGCAUUGGAGGUGACUGUUUUUUCACAAUUGAUUGUUCAGGGUAGAUGGAAUAUAAACAUUUGAAUGGAAAAAAUCAACCUAGAAUAAUAUAUUCAUUUUAGU